AUGGCGGACAUCGUGAAACAGAUCUUGGCAAGACCGAUACAAUUGGCGGACCAAAUUAUAAAAGAAGCAGAAUUAGCUUGCGCAUUCAAGCAGGAUUGCGCCGAUAUCAAGAACAAGACAGAGAAGCUUGUCGCCCUACUCCGGCAGGCGGCGCGUGCAAGCAAUGACCUUUAUGAACGACCCACACGCCGGAUCAUUGAUGACACCGAACAGGUUUUGGACAAGACGCUGCAACUAGUAUUCAAGUGCCAAGCUAGCGGAAUCCGGCGGGUGUUCACCAUCAUCCCCACCGCGGCCCUCCGGAAAUCCUCGCAGCAGAUCGAGAAUUCGGUCGGAGACGUGUCUUGGCUCCUCCGUGUCUCCACCCCGGCCGAUGAACGCGACGAUGAGUACGUUGGAUUGCCGCCUAUUGCCGCCAACGAGCCGAUCCUGUGCUUGAUCUGGGAGCAAGUUGCGAUCCUUUGUUGCGGCACGCUCGAGGAUCGGGCGGAUGCCGCAGCGUCGCUCGUCUCGUUGGCGCGCGACAACGAUCGAUACGGUAAAUUGAUCAUCGAAGAAGGUGGUGUGCCGCCGCUUUUGAAACUUGCGAAAGAGGGGAGGAUGGAAGGGCAAGAGAGCGCGAUGAGAGCAAUAGGUUUGCUUGGUCGCGAUCCCGAGAGCGUCGAGCAAAUCGUCAAUGCUGGCGCUUGUUCGGUGUUUGCGAAAGUACUGAAAGAAGGGCAUAUGAAGGUACAGAUCGUUGUCGCGUGGGCCAUUUCCGAGUUAGCCGCAAACCAUCCGAAAUGUCAAGAGCAUUUCUUGCAAAACAACACUAUUCGUUUGCUCGUGAGUCAUUUAGCGUUUGAGACAAUUGAAGAACAUAGCAAGUAUGCGAUCGUUGGCAAAAAUAAAAUGGGGUCGAUUCAUGCGGUCGUCAUCGCGAAUUCAGAACCAAAUGGUAAGAGAGGACAAGACGACGAUGAUCGGUGCCACGUCACACGUCCCAACGGUCCAGAUUCAGAUUCAGGCGAUAUGCAAAAUGUCAUGAAAUGCACAUUCGCAAUGAAGCCCACGAAGACGAAUAGUACGAAAUCAAACCAACAACAACGACGACAAGGAAGUCGGAGACGCGUUGCGUUGCCUGGGGCAAGCAUCAAAGGGAGAGAAUUUGAAGAUCCAGCUACGAAGAUUGAAAUGAAGGCGAUGGCUGCUCGAGCCUUACGACACCUUUGUGCCGGAAAUUUCUCCAUCUGCAAAACCAUAACGGAAUCACGCGCACUCCUAUGUUUCGCGGUACUCUUGGAAAAGGGUCAAGAUGAAGUACAAUACAAUUCAGCAAUGGCACUUGCGGAAAUCACUGCAGUGGCCGAACGUCAUGCAGAGCUGCGACGUUCGGCCUUCAAACCAACGUCCCCAACCGCUCGUGAGGUUGUGGACAAGUUGCUUAAAAUCGUAAUCAAAGGAGACUCCGAAUCUGACCUACUUAUCCCAAGCAUCCAAUCAAUUGGUAACUUAGCUCGAACAUUUCGAGCAACUGAAACAAGAAUCAUCGGUCCCUUGGUGAAACUCCUCGACGAGAGGGAGACGGAGGUGUCAGCAGAGGCGGCCAUUGCAUUGAUCAAGUUUGCGUGCACCGAUAAUUACUUGCACGUUAACCAUUGCAAGGCGAUUUUAGAGGCCGGAGCGCCUAAACACUUGAUUCAACUGACUUAUUUUGGAGAACAAAUGACUCAACUACCGGGAUUAAUCCUCCUGUGCUAUAUCGCGCUACACGUGCCCGAUAGCGAGACAUUAGCGCAAGAAGAUGUGCUAAUCGUCCUUCAGUGGGCCUUGAAACAGGGUCAUUUGAUGCAGGAUUCUUCAUUGGAAACGCUUGUUUUGGAAGCCAAACAGAGGUUGGAGAUCUAUCAAUCUCGAGCAUCUUAUUGA